UUAUUUUUUUUUUCUCACGAUUUUUUUUUCUCGGGUUAAUGGCGGAGCAAAGAGAUUAGACUGGACACGAAGGCCUCCCUCUCCUCACCUCCAUUCUCUCUGCUUCCUCUUCCUCUCCGCGUAGAGAGAUCUGGUUGCUCCAUCGAAUUCUGCUCGUUCGGUCGUUUUCUUGCGUCCUCGUCGUGUUCGCCAUCGAUUUCCGUGGGAGAUUCAGAGGCGGCGAGGGCGGCGGAGGAGGAGGUUUCUUGCUCGUUUCUUGGGUUGCGCUUCGUGCUGGAGUAAUGUCUACUAGUGCUCUGCAUUUGGAGCUCGUUGGUUGCGUGUUCUUGGGAGAAUUCGAGGCAUGGGCGAGGUGGUGUUGAGGGAUUUUGGUGGUGUGUUGGAGAGAUUGGGAGACGGCGAAGGAUUAUCAUCUGCUUGUUGCUGGUUUGAUAGCUGAAUUCUUGGUUGUUUUUUUGGUGCCAUGGCGGCGUCGAGGGAUUUCUUGGGCGGGUUCGGCGGGGAGGUGGGCGGCGCGGCGGUGGCGGGGGAGAAGGGCGGCGGCGAGUCCGACGAGAUCGAGCUCAGCUUGGGGCUGUCGCUGGGCGGUUGCUUCGGCGCCGACCUGGCGAGGGAGUUCAAGAAGCCGAGGCUGGUGAGGUCGUCGUCCAUCGCGUCAAUCUGCUCGCUGCCCGGCGGCGGCGGCGGCGGCGCGGGCGGCGACGACGUGGCCACCGCGGCGCCGGCUCCGGCGCCGCUGAUGCGGACCAGCUCGCUCCCCACGGAGACCGAGGAGGAGCGGUGGCGCCGCCGCGAGAUGCAGAGCCUGAAGCGGCUCGAGGCCAAGCGCAAGCGCCUCGAGCGCCGCAACUCCAUGAACUCCGGCAGGUCCGCCGGCGCCGGCGGCGGCGGCCGGGACGACGGCCAGGACGCGAUGUACCCCACCGGGUUCCAGCUCCGGCGAUCCGUCGUGUCGCAGGGGAGCACCUCGUCGUGCAUGCCAGAGCAAGGUGUUGGUGUUGGUGCUGAAGCCAUGGACACAUCAUCUUCAGACAAUGCUAGUUGUCAAAACAAACCCCUUCCCCCGACGGCGUCGUCGGGCGGCGGCGGAGGAGGGAGGCCGCCGGCGAACGGCAGCAUGAAGGAGCAGCCGCCGCUGCGGACGCUCCGGUCGCUGACGAUGCGGACGACGAGCACCGGCGACCUGAGGAAGAGCAUGAUGGAGGACAUGCCGAUGGUGUCGUCCAGGGUGGAUGGCCCCAAUGGCCGGAAGAUCGACGGGUUCCUGUACAAGUACAGGAAACGCGAGGAGGUGAGGAUCGUGUGCGUCUGCCACGGCAACUUCCUGACGCCGGCGGAGUUCGUGAAGCACGCCGGCGGCGGCGACGUCACCAACCCGCUCAGGCACAUCGUCGUCAACCCCUCGCGGUCGGUGUUCUUGUGAUCGUGCUCUCGCAGGCAGGUGCACCUUAGUUGUCAUCAGAUCGCUCUCUCUCUCUCUCUCUCUCUCUUUUGAUCUUCUCUUUCACUUUUUUUUUCACAUCUGAAUUUCUUGGUAAUAUCAUUAGCUUUUUUAUGAUAUGUUAAUUAGCCGUCCCCUGGAUUUCCAUGAGUUGAAAGGAAAUGCAGGGCCUGAGCUGUUUACUUACUGUAAGUUAAGGGAGUGAACAAAUUUGAGAGAAUUUGUCAUCAUCAGCUCAAAAAUGUCCUGAAUCCAAAUUGGAUGUUGGUUCAGCCGUGGAGGUACCCAACUCUGCAGUUUUCAGAUGAGCAAAAGCUCAUAGCACAUUAGAAACCGGUCUUGUACAAACAUGGAAUCACCUCUGGCCUAGAAACUUGGGCCUUAUUUUGAAAUGAAAGAAUUUUAAAAGAUUUUGCGGA